AUGGAUUCAAGUCGAUAUGAUGUAUCUUAUACACCGAAUUGUGUUGAAGUUUAUCGUGAUAGCAAUCCUAUAGAUACUAAUUCAUAUAUAGCUCGAGCAUAUGAUGUUAAUAAAGUUGUGAUAUAUGACUUUCCAUCAUCGGCUAUGGUUGAUUCACCAACUUAUUUUAUUAUCGAUGCAACAGAUUCUGGUUCGGGUAACCUUGAAAUAGCUAUAUCAAUUAAUGAAAAAAAUAUACCUAAUUAUGUACAAAAUGAAGGUGGUGCUCGUUUUCGUGUCAAAUUUAUUCCUGACCAAAUCGGAACAUAUUAUGUUCAUAUUAAAUUUAAUGGCAUUGAUCUUUAUGGAACACCAUUUAAAUGUGAUGUAUUUUCAAGUGAUUUUACAAUUGAAAAUUAUGAAUAUGCACCAAUUAAUAAACGAACAUUAUUUUUAAUUAAAUCAAAAUUAAAUUCAAUGUUUAAUUCAAAUAUACAUAUUAAUAUACUAACACCAUCUGGCAAUUGUAUAGAAGGAAAAAUUGAAGAAAAAUCCUUAAAUAUAUAUGCAAUUCGAUUUAUUCCAAAUGAAAUUGGUGAUCAUCAAAUUAUAUUCUAUAGUGAUAAAGAAAAAAAACAUAUCAUUACAAAAUAUACAUGUCAAGUUUAUGAUGUAACAAAAAUUCAUAUUAGUGAUUUAUUACCUGCUAUUCCUCAUCAACUCUAUAAAUUUACUAUUAAUACAAUUGACGCUGGUAAUGGUCAUUUAUCUGUAAAAAUUAAACAAAAUGCAAAUCGAAUAACAUAUGAUCAAACUCGUAUGGAUACUCAUAAUUAUGAAAUAGCAUUUAUACCUGAAACAUUCGAUGAAUGUAUUGUAACAAUAUUAUUUAAUGGAGAUAAUAGUUUGGGUCCACUCACAAUACCAAUAAAAAGUGAUUCGAAACAAAUUCAUGUUUCACCUAUAUCUCCUGGUAUUGUCAAUCAACCAAUUGUUUUUACUGUCGAUCUUGAUGAAGCAAAAUCAUUUUCUGUGCUUAUCACAGAAUCUCAUGGCGGUCGAAUGGUUCCACAUACAAUGACAACAUUAUCAAGUGAAAGAAAUCGUUAUCAAAUAAAAUUUACACCAAAUGUUGCUCGUCAACAUACAAUAUUAAUAAAUUAUGAUGAACAACCAGCAUUUACAUAUCAUGUUGAUGUAUUUGAUAUAAAUAAAAUUCGUGUUAGUUCGAUCGAAGAUGGAACUGUUGGAGUUCCAUUAGUUUUUACUGUUGAUACACAUGGUGCUGGUGAAGGUCAUUUAGAAGUAACAAUAAGUGAUGGUCGACGAACAUUACCAGCUGAACUUAAAAGUAUUCAAGCAAGAAAAUUUGAUAUUGGUUUUCUACCCGAAAUACAUGGAAAACAUUCAAUUACGAUUGCAUUUAAUGGAAUUCCAGUUGAUGGUAGUCCAUUUGAAAUUUAUAUUCGUGAUUCACCAACAAGUGAUAAAGAAAGUAUUCAAGAAGAUGAAGAUGAAGACGAAGAAGAGGAAGAAGAUAUUGGUGAUCAUGAAUUUUUAAUUGGUGGACAAUUAGAAGGAACUAAAGUUGGUGAACUUGCUUGGUUAAUUUGUGAUUCGGCAUUAAGUGAUAUUUAUGAAGAUUUUGAUUUAUUUGUCACUGAUCCAGAUCAAACUAUAAUCAAGCAUACACGAAUACAAGAUUCUGGUGGUCGAUGGCGUGUUGAAUUUGAACCUAUGAAAUAUGGUAUACAUCAGAUUCAAACUAGUGAUAAUAGUACUGAUGAUUCACCAAUUAUUCUUGCUUCAAUGGAUAUUUUACCAGCAAAUUAUAGAAGAAUAAUUGAAGGUGAAAGAAUAAUUCAUCCUAAUGUUCUUAAUUUUAUUACGGUUAAUUCAAAUAAUGAUAAUUUAAAAAUUCGUUUAAGACGUUCAAAUGGUGAUGAAGUUUCAAUUGAAACUCAACGAGAUUCAUUACAAUGGAAAAUUUAUUUUACUUUAACUGCAACUGAUUAUUAUCAAUUUAGUAUUGAUGAUAAUAAUGAUGAACAAAUAUUUGAUAUACAUUGUGUUGUUGAAGAAACAGAUAUAUUUCGUAAUGGUGGUAUUGAAGAUAUAACUCGAUUAAUUGUGGAUCAUAGUAAAAUUAAUGGAAGUGAUGUUAAUGUUAUUGUAAAAGAUCCAUUGGCUCAUACAAUUCCAGCAGCAUUUUAUCGAAAUUUAAGUCGAGAUCUUAUUAUUGAAUAUGUACCAACGAAACUAGAUACUCAUGAAAUAUUUAUUCGAAUUCAAAACAAUCUACUUGAUAUAUGUCCAAUUCGUAUUAUGUCAUUUGGUGCUAGUACUCCAUUUGAACCUGUACUUCGUGUACAAGUUAAAGAAGUUCUUGAACAUACAUUUGAAGGUGUUACUGAUAAUGUUGAUAAAUUACAAAUUGAUAUUAGUGAUCCAUUUGAAAGAGCAUUACCAUUUCAACGUUCAAAAAAUGAACAUGGAGAAUUAACAAUUGCUUUAUCACCUAUUCGUGUUGGUACACAUUGGAUACGCAUAGCAAAUGACGAUAGUAAAAAUUUUGCUUUAUUACCUAUAUUUGCAUAUGAUGAUGAUUAUGUUCCACUUUCACCUAUUGUUACACCAUCACCAGAAGAUAAAUCCAUACCAGAAAAACAAUCAAAUAAUAGUAAUAAUAAUAAUAAAGCUCCAAUUGAUUCAUUUAUUCCACUUCUAACUGGAAAAGAUUUAACAACAAUUAGUGAAACAUCUGAAACUCGAUCAUCACGUGCAACAUCUAAUGCAUCAUCACGAUUACCAUCUCCAAUAAAAGAAAUACCAGAAAUAAGUUCACCAAUAAUUACUAAUGAAUCUAAUAAAAUAUCUUCGAAAGAUAAUCGAUCAAGUCCUGAAGUACAAAUACUUGAUAUAACAGAUUUAAAUGAUCCAGGUGUUCGUAUUGUUUCAAAAUUUAGUUUUAAAGAUAUCGAUAAUAAAUUUAAUAUAACUAUAUAUGAUGCUGAUGGGGAAAAUAUUAAUUAUAAAACGGAAUAUCUUAUUGAUGGACGAAAAAGAAUUUUUUAUGAACCUACUGUUAUUGGUCCUGUUGAAAUUCAUAUUUCAAAAGACAAUGAACCUAUUGAUGGUAGUCCAAUAAUUGUUAACGCAUUUGAUCCAUCUGCAGUUAAUUUAAUUGAUUUUCCUGAUAAAAUACAAAUUAAUGCAACUAAUCGUUUUAUUAUUGAUCCUACAAAAGCUGGAAAAGGUUCAUUAAAAGUUUCUGUCAAAGGUCCACAUACUAUAUUCGUUUUAUUUAAUCGAAUUCCAAUACCAGAAACACCAUUACGAGUAUUUGUUGAAUCUAAAGAUGUUAAAAGAGCAUCAAAUGAACCUAUUGAAGAAAAACAGUAUCAGCGUUUAAAAGAUGGUAGUCUUCGUUUAGUACUUCAUUUUGAUAAGCCAGAACAAUCAGAUUGGGAACAAAUUCGAGGUGAAUAUUCGAUUCAAAUCAAAAAACCUCUGGACGAUAAUCAGGAAUCGAUUGUUAGAAGUACUCAAACUAGUGAAGUCGGAGAACGUGAACGUGGACGUUCACUUUAUCCGAAACAACAUGAUCAAGAACGAGCACGUUCAUUAUCAUCUCAAACAAUAUUGGAUCCAGUACAUUCACGUUUAUCGAAAUCAAAUGAAAAUAUUGCUCAAUUAACAUCACAAAAAUAUUCAACAUCACCAAAUGAACAACAAAAUCGAGAACGAAGUAUAAAGUUAGAAGAUCGAUAUGCAUCAAUGCCAUCAAUUAAACCAUUGAGUAGUUUACAAAUUCAACAAUUUAAUUCAAUAAAAGAAAAAUUUGAACAUCAACAACCAAUUGAUGUUGUCUUUGUUCCUCUUAAAAUUGAUGAUGUAUCAUUUCGAUCAACAGCUAAAAAAGUACGUUUUACACCAAGUGAAACAGGUGUACAUUAUUUAAAUGCAAAAUUUGGUUCAGAAAUAGUACCAGGUACACCAAUUAAAAUGAUGGUUAAUGAUGCUCGUCUAGUAACAGCAUAUGGUGAUGGAAUUCAUCAUGCAUUACAUGAAAAAUUAGCAACAUUUAUGAUUGAUACACAAGAUAUGCAAGGCGAUUUAAAAGUCCGUAUUGAAGGAUCAAAUUCAGUUAUUAAGAAUACACUUGAACGAGCAAAUGAUAAUCGUUUUAAAGUAACAUAUGUACCAGUUGAAGUUGGAUUUGUUAAUAUAAGUAUAAAAUGGAAUGGAAAAGAUAUUGCUAAUAGCCCAUUUAAAGCUGCAGUUACUAAUCCAGAACGUGUUCGAAUUGUUGGAGGUUGGCAAUCAAUACUUGAUUCUGAAGAUCGCAUGCAUAUUAUAAUUAAUGAAGAAAAGAAAAUACGUUUUGAUACAUCUCAUGCUGGACCAGGUACUUUAAAAGCUGAUAUUCGAGGUAGUAAUGAUGGUCUUCGUGUACCAUUACGUAUUGAUCAACAAAGUGCAAUUUAUACACUUAGUUUUACUGUAAUACGAGAAGGAAAAUAUGAUAUAACGAUAACUUAUGAUCAAAAUCCAUUACCAAAUAUGCCUAUUCGAGCUAUUGCAAGUUCAGCAAGUACAAAUUUAGGUGAACAUUUAAAAGUUGAAGUACGUGGACAUGGUUCAUAUGAAGCAAAAGCUAAUGAAGAAGCAGAAUUUACUAUUGAUGCAUCAAAAACUUCAACUCAAGGUACUGGUAUGCCUAUUGUACGAUUAACUGGUGUUCAAGCAGAUGUUGAAGUUCGAAUUCGACAAAUUGAAAAUAAUGUUUUUCUUUGUUCUUAUGUACCAACAGCACCAGGUGCCUAUUUACUAAGUGUAACAUGGGCAGAACGACAAAUUCGUGGAUCACCAUUUAAAGUCAAUGUUUUACCAAAUACAAAUUCUAAUCAUUCAGCAUCUCGAGUCAUCUGUUCAGGUGAUGGUUUAAAAAUGGGUAUACUAGGUAAAGAAAUAAAAUGUAUCAUUGAUACACGUGGUGCUGGUCCAGGAGAAUUAACAGCUUAUUGUCAAGGAGUAAAUAAAACAGCAUUUUGUCGUUUAUUUGAUCAUCGUGAUGGUACAUUUACAUUAUUUGUUAAACCACAAGAAAGUGGAAGACAUAUAUUGACUAUUAAAUAUAAUGAUGAAGAUGUAUCAGGUAGUCCGUAUACACUUAAAGUUAGCGGUCCACCGGAUGCAAAUAAGGUACGCGUCUCUGGUCCAGGUAUUGAACAUGGUGUUCUAUCAACAUUUCAAUCACAUUUUAUUUGUGAAACAAAAGGAGCAGGUGCUGGACAAUUAACAGUGAAAAUUCGUGGUCCAAAAGGUGCUUUUCGUGUUGAAAUGCAACGUGAACAUUUACAAGAUCGUACAAUAAUAUGUCGAUAUAAUCCAACAGAGCCCGGCGAUUAUCUUAUAUCCGUUAAAUGGAGUGAUGAACAUGUUUAUGGUUCACCAUUUCAUACGCAUAUUUUCGAACGACAAGAAGAAUUAGAACGUUUUUUACAUGAACAAACUGCUUAUCGUCUAGCACAAAAACAAUGGAGAGAGGAAGUUUGA